GCCAGCUGGCUACUUGGAGUCUGGCUUGCGACCCGUGGCUUUAAAGCAGAAUCCCGGCUGUGGCAGGUUAGGGGUGCUACAGCUGCCGGAGUCGGACGGAAGCGAACGGCGUGCGGCUCGUUCGAGAAUUCUCGGCGCGCGUGGGGCCAUGGCAUGUUACCUUACAAGGCUGAAGACCAGACAGACUUACUCAUGGGUUGGCAAGCCAUUAUUGGAUCAAAAACGGGCGUACCAAAUCUACAAAGAAAUAUGUGUGAAAAUGCAAGGUUGUUCUGACAUUCACAUCCGGGUUGGACAGUUUGUAUUGAUUGAAGGGGAUGAUCAUGAAAACCCAUAUGUUGCUAAAUUGAUUGAGUUGUUUGAAGAUGAUUCUGAACCUCAUUCUAGGAAACGUGCCCGAGUGCAGUGGUUUAUCCGAUUCUGUGAAAUCCCUGUCUGUAAGCAGCAUUUGUUGGGCCGGAAGCCUGCUGCACAGGAGCUGUUCUGGUAUGAUUACCCUGCGUGUGAUAGCAACAUCAGUGCCCAGAGCAUCAUUGGCCCUGUUCAGGUAGUGGCUUUGGCCCCGGAUGACAUCUUUCCCUUGCAUAUGAAGAAUGAAAAGAUAUUUUUUGUGAAACUAUGCUGGAACGAAAAGACAUUCAAACCACUGACCCCCAAAGUAUUUGCGGAGUUGCGUAAAUUGAGUGAAAGCAGUCCUGAAUGCCAGAAGUUCAUGGAAACGACGACAAAGAGCAUAAAAAGCCCUUCCUGGGACACGACAGAACAUGUGGUCAAAAGGAUUGAAUUUAGACACUCAGCCUCUAAAUCUCGCCAAACCCCACGUCCUGUCACGCCCGUUGCUAGGAAGAGGCUGGAGCUUGGCAGUGUCCCACGGGUAGCUAACACUAAGAAUUCUCAGCAGCCUUCCUAUGACUCCUUGGACUCUCCAGGAAGAACUAAAAAGAAGAUGGCCUUGUCUGAGGCCACCUUAUCUUCCAAGCGCUCUCAUCCUGACAGCCUGGGCACCUCAUCCCCAGCUCCGAACGGCCCAGAGAAAACCAGGAAGGUUCAGCUCCUCUGUACCCAAGCCGACAGCAGCAAGACUUCGCCCAAGCCCCCCAUGAGCCUGCGACCCCGAAUCCCCUCCUCGAGAGGCGGAGACAGCAGUGACAACAAAACGCUGUCCCCCAUCGGCGGGGGACGCAGACCUUCCAUGGUGCCUUCCAUCAUUCUGAAACCAGAAAACAUCAGAAAGAGGGAGGCCAAAGAACCAGCAGCCCAGAAUGCAGCUGCGUAUACCUCCCAUCGUGUCCGCAGGAAGAGUUCUCUCUUGAGUUUGAAUCGGAUUAGGCAACAGCUUCAGUUUCUAGAUAAUGUUAAGUGUGAGCAAGAAGAAGAGUUUCUGUCCACAUCAGAGACUUCCGAGUCGAGCAGUGAAGGUGAGGAGGAAGAGGCAACCACACCAUGCCUUACACGGAGAUCAACUAGAAGUGUGUCCAGGAACCGCCAGUAUUCCUCGAAGUCAUCCUUGCAGACUCCUUCCAAGACACCACAGAAAUCACCUAAGCCACGCACACCACGUCAUGCCAACCCUCAGAUCCGCACUAGAAAACUGGCUGCUCAGAGUCCAGGCAAUGUGCUGGAAGAGGCCCGGCUAAGGCUGCAUGUUUCUUCUGUACCGGAGUCUCUGCCCUGUCGGGAGCAGGAAUUCCAAGACAUCUACAACUUCGUGGAAAGCAAACUCCUGGACCACACUGGAGGGUGCAUGUACAUCUCUGGGGUCCCUGGGACUGGGAAGACAGCCACUGUGCACGAGGUGAUACGUGGUCUGCAGCAGGCAGCUCUCACAAAUGACGUUCCUCCCUUUCAAUACGUUGAGGUCAAUGGAAUGAAGCUGACAGAGCCCCACCAAGUCUACGUGCAGAUCUUGGAGAAGCUGACAGGCCAAAAGGCAACAGCCAAUCAUGCGGCAGAACUGCUGACCAAGCGAUUCUGCACCCAAGGGUCCCGACGAGAGACCACUGUCCUGGUUGUGGAUGAGCUCGAUCUUCUGUGGACCCACAAACAGGACGUAAUGUACAAUCUUUUUGACUGGCCCACUCACAAGGAAGCCCGGCUGGUGGUCCUGACCAUUGCCAACACAAUGGACCUCCCGGAGCGCAUCAUGAUGAACCGGGUCUCCAGCCGACUGGGUCUCACCAGAAUGUCCUUCCAACCCUACACGUACAGUCAGCUGCAGCAAAUUCUUGUGUCCCGACUCCAGCAUCUGAAGGCCUUUGAGGAUGACGCCAUCCAGCUGGUAGCCAGGAAGGUAGCCGCACUCUCCGGUGACGCACGGCGCUGCCUGGACAUCUGCAGACGAGCCACAGAGAUCUGCGAGUUCUCCCAGCACAAGUCCGACUCCCCCAGCCUGGUCACUGUGGCCCACCUAAUGGAGGCUGUGGAUGAGAUGUUCUCUUCCUCCUACAUCACUGCCAUCAGGAAUUCCUCGGUUCUGGAACAGGGGUUCCUGCGAGCCAUCCUUGCAGAGUUCCGACGCUCAGGAUUGGAGGAAGCGACAUUUCAGCAGAUCUAUAAUCAGCAUGUGGCGCUGUGCAGAAUGGAGGGACUGCCCUAUCCCACCAUGUCGGAAACCAUGGCUGUGUGUUCUCGCCUGGGCUCCUGCCGCCUCCUGCUCAUGGAGACCAGCAGGAAUGACCUGCUGCUCCGGGUGCGGCUCAACGUGAGCCAGGAUGAUGUGCUGUACGCGCUGAAGGAAGAGUGAGUGUGCUUCCCAGCAAGGACCGUGGUCUGCUGGUUCUUACAGUGCUGUGGUUCCCU